AUGGCCCAUCUUAUAGCGUCGUCACCGUUGUCAUCGCCUCCACCAGAUCAAUCAUUUUCCAAACUAACAACAGGAUCAGAUAUCAAUCGAAUAUACCGAAGUAGGAAAGACCUACCGUUUGAGUUGGCCCAACACGUGCAAACAUACUACGAAGAGAGUCUCUUCACCCAGGCAUACACCUUUCUCCUCUCCAUUACUGGAAACAGUAUUUCCCCAGUGAACCGAGCAGCACCCGUCACUAUUCCAUCAGCACCUCAUCUCGCUCUCGCAGCCACUGUGUCCGUGCAUCCUACCUUCACGACUCGAACUGCAUCGCGUGAGAAAUGGGAACAGGCAAACCUCGCCGUUCGAUUACUACGCCUGGUCAACCAGACGGUUGGUCCUGUGAAUGGGAAUCUACUUGCUGCCUUUUCCUUUCAGAGAAAUGAUUCCAGAUCCUCGCGACGGACCCAUUUCGAAGAUAACGACGAGGACGAGUAUGAUGGGAGGCGAAGUACGGAUCCUCUCUCACAGGACCUGAACACCUCGUACGCCGGCUCUCAGGGUUUAUGGACACGUGCGGACGAUUUUUGGCAUGUCGUAGGCUGGGCAUUCAAUUGUGCAUGCGUUUCAGGGAUUCACGCCCAACGAUGGCGCCGCUAUCAAGUCCUAUUGGAAUAUCUCCUCGAUGUGCUCGAGACAGACUGGCGGUUACGAGAGCAGUCGAACUCGGCCGAGGAGAGCCUGAUGUGGCACUACGUGGAAUUGGCAGCUGGAGGGCACGCGCGGGAACGACGGAUUCUGCGCGCCGUCUUCGCUGAUGGGUCGACGCGGUCAAUGAACGAGUUCCGUCCAAUUUUCGCCAAUGAGCUGAAGGAGCCGCCGGCGGAUAAUCUGAAGGAAGGGGGCGGCGUCAAGAAGCGAGAGGUGGACGUCAAUUUCGAGCAGGACAUCUUCGGAGACUACCUGAUGCAAGACGAUUCAGACACGUCGGACGAAGCAGACUCAUCAGCACGUGGGCCUGGCCGACCGCCGACGAAACGCAACCGCACUCGCACGCCAUCCUCCCGUCGCCUCACACCGCGAAACAGCAACGGCAGCCUCCGCAGCGACCACGACACCGGCGGCGAGGUCUUUCCCAGCGCAGCGGCCAAACUCGCGGCGCAAAAAGUAUCGUCCACGCUCUCCACCACGACCCUCGGCGACCACGCCUCACUAAACCUCCGCCUCCGCCUCCUCAACCUCCUAACCCACAUCUCCACCCAUCCAACCCUAACCGCCACCUCCCCCACCACAUUCCCAGACCCGGAAGACCUCUUCACGCUCUUCGUCGAAUUCAUCAAGCCGCUCCCCCUCCCGACCUUCACCUACUUCAUCCUACCGACGCCGUCACUCACGACCCCACUCCUCACACUCCAGACAAGCAUGACCCUCUGCGAAUUCGUGCUGCAGCGCCUGCUCGAACCCUCGGCACCCUCCAUCCGCUCCCACGUGCUGCUCUCCCAGCAGAAACUCGAGACCGAGUAUCUCCCCUUCGCGGCCGCGCGCAAUACCGCCGACGCGAACGCCCGCGUCAGCGUGCUGCUCGAGUGCUUGACGCGGUGUUUGGUGCAGGUCAACCACGGGAGGCUGAGUGGUGAGGAAGGCGUGUUGGGAAGGGCGGUGCAGGCCGGUGUUGUGAAGCGGUUGGGACGGGUUGCCGACGUCGAGUUCCAUGCUAGUGCUAAUGGCGCUGGUGCUGGAGGUGCGGCGGCGCCAAAGAGGAAGGUCAAGGGGGUAACUGCUGGUGGUGCGGGAGAGAGUGCUCAUGACGAGGCCUGGGCUUGCUUGGUCGAGAGUGGUGUUCGAAUCGCGGACGUCGUGCGGAAUGCUGCUGCGCUGACUUCUGCUUCGACGACUGUAUAG